CCUAGCAAAACAGACGUUAUCACAAUUUGACAACAGAUCUGUAAAGUGUAAACUGUAAACAUAUGAAGAUGAACGUAGCAAAGUUGCUCUACCGAAAUUAUGGAAUGUACAACAGUUUGGGUCCAAAUAUCUUAAAAUAUAAAAACUAUGAGCCAAAAAUAGACAAGAGUGCUUUUAUCGCCGGUGGUUCACAUAUAAUAGGGAAAGUCGAAAUAGGAAGAGAUAGCAGUAUCUGGUUUAAUUGUGUUGUCAGAGGAGAUGUCGGCAACAUAAAAAUAGGCGAUGAGACAAACAUCCAAGACGGAACAGUUAUUCAUGUAUCUAGAAACGAAGGUGGUGACACGCUCAUCGGCAACAUGGUAACAGUUGGACAUUUUUGUUUGUUACAUGCUUGCAAGCUACAUGAUAAAGCCUUUGUCGGCAUGGGAGCGGUUGUCAUGAACAACGCAGUCGUCGAAUCUGAAGGAAUGGUGGCUGCUGGCUCACUGGUCACAAACGGAAAGGUGAUAAAGAGCGGGGAGAUUUGGUCUGGAAGGCCGGCAAAACUUUUCAGAAAGAUGUCAGACGAAGAAAUUAAACAUAUUACUGAAUCGGCCAAGAAUUACGUCGAGGUGAUGAACGAAUAUAAGAACUGUAGCCAAAACAUCUAAUAGUUUCAGAGACGUACUAGAUUUUAGGCCGUACAAUAUGACCAAAAUACAGAUAAUCCUGCCUUUAUAAUUAUUAGUGAUGCAUCUCAUCUAGAUAGUAUAAAAUGCACUCAAAUAAAAAAAAUGAACAUGAAGGUUUUUCUUAGUUUCACACACUAAGCAAAUCUCAACCAACAAAAGAUUUGCUUGGUAUGUUCAGGUGGCCAGAGCCAACAAAGCGGUUGGCUUUGCUCAAGGUUCGGGCUUUUUGCAGUAACAUCAAAAGGGGUAUGUUGACUGAUUGGCACAUGGCUGAAUCCUUUGGUUUAAUGAGGAUGAGUCAAGUGACCAAUGUUGGGCCCCAACAUCCAUAGUCUUUCAUUGGCCAAGAUUUGCUUAGUGUGUAUGCGCCUUUAUGUUAUAACUUUUUUUGUAAGCAAUGAUACUCAUUAUCAGUUGAUUUAGAAUACUUUUUUCUCUGUAUCUUUUGUUUGUUUAACUUUCUUUAUUAAAUUCUGGCUCAAUAUUAGAUAUUGGUAAUCAAAAGUAGAGUAAUACGGACUGGCAAAACUUCACUGUCACAAAUUGAUAAUUAAAUGGCAUGGAAUUACUAAGGCAAUAAAUUUACGUUUUGUGUGUUAGCCUGUCAAAUGUAUUUUCUGAGAGCCAAUACUGAAGGUGCCAAAAUGUCUCACAAACAAAAGUCAGGUCAAAAUGACUAAUGUACAAAAUCGUUAGACCCAAUGAAGAAAUCUCAGAUUGUAACGAAAUUGAGCUAAAAUUGUGCAUUAUGCUGGUAUUUCUACCAUGAACACAGUUUUGCUUUCAAGGGUGUGAUAUAUUUUACCCUGUUUUUACACUGUAGUUCCCCCCCUCCAAGGCUAGCUCGUUACAACACGCUCAUAAGUUCUUAACGUUUAAUUGUCCUCCUGAAGAAAUUCUCUGAUAUCUCCAUUUUCUAGCUCUUCUUACUCUAUAGAAUUAAUAGGAACUGUCUUAAAAUUACUUUUAAAACUGGCAUGUUUUCUCUGCUUCAAUGAAAUUCAUUCUUUUUCAAUGUAAAAAUAUUGAAGAUGGCAUCGGUGGCCACAAUAGUUAAGGUGUUCAUUAUUAGAACAUAAAGGUCCCACUGAAUUUGAACCCGACAUACUUACAAAUGGGCUCAUUUUCAAAAACACCAGCACCCCGAGGGUGGAUAUGACCUUGUCUUGUGAACCUUUGUAAAAAAAACUAUGUAAGCCAUGCCAUCCCUAACCCUAAUCCCAACUCCUUUCUUUAUCCAACAUGAUGAGGUAAAUCAUAUCCAUGUAAAAAUAUCAAACAGUGGUGCAAACUUGGUUUGAUUUUUAAUAUUACAUGUUCAAUAAAAGUACUGAAAAUUUCGUUUUGAUGAUAUAUAAAUUUUAAUAAUUUGAA